AAUUGUGCGGAAUUAAGUGAGUCGCGUUGCCUAGCCUCAACUUCAGUUCACAGAUGUGCGUUCAGGUGUGAAGUUCAGUUCAGAUAAUGUCAGUCACAUUCUUGACGCUCUUGGCCCUGUGGAGCCUGCUGCCCGCCGUGGAGAAUGCCAGCGUUUAUAUCAGCCAGGAUUUAUGGCCCGCCCUGAGGCGCCAGCCUCGUCAUGACCAAGAUUAUUUGGCUGAGCCUUUGCUCUGCGGCCGGCGCAGCAGGCAUCGCGCUGCACCAGACCAUUGGCACGGGCAUGGAUAUGGGCACGGGUAUGGACACGGGUAUGGACACGGGUAUGGGCAUGAGCCAGGUCAUGGGCGCAACUUUGGCUUUGGUUUUGCGCCCUAUCCGAUGCCAUUUGGCUUUGGCUUUGCUCCACCCGGCAAUGGCUAUCAAGAGCCCGGACCGCUCUAUAAGACACCAUUGGCGCCUUUCGAAGAUAACCAGCAGGCUUCCACUGAGCCCAACCCGAGCAGCGAAGUGCCUCCCAGCACCACGCCCAGCACCACGCCCAGCUCCACUCCAAGCACCACCACUGAGGAUCCCACUUUGGCCAUUGAUAUACGCAGUGGUCUUUAGAUAACUGCUUAGUCUUAAGCCUAAAGUUAAUGUAUGCACUUGCAGAAAAAAGAAGUGUUGUAUGACUCGAAUAGAAUACAAUUGUUUUUGAUCCUA